UUUCCAGCAGCCGCUGUCAAUCACUGUUGGUAAACAAUCGUUGAUGCUGCUAGAUUGCUCGUGGAUUUCUAAAUUUUCGGCAAAAAUCCGAAUAACUUCUGUUAAUUUCAAUUUCAACUAAAUUAAACUCUCUUCGCAACAAUGUCGGAUGAGGAAGUGAUUCGACGCCGGCUGCAAAUCGACGGAGAUGGCACCGGCGACGAUCGGCGGCUCAACGACCUGCUAAAGACGUUCGUAAAGUGGUGCAACUCGACGGACAGCACUGAAAAUAGCCAAACCAUCCACGACCGUCUGCUCGCUCAACUGGCUCAGUGCGAGUUUGCGAUGAAAAAGUCCGACUUUUCCGCCAAAAUGAUGGAGCAAGAGCUGAAGAACUACGCCACCAUUUCGGACACGAUCGAAACCGGCAUCGAAACGGCCAAAACGCAAAUUGUGCAAAGCAAGCAAAACCUGGUUCUGGCGAAGAAGAUUCGCAAAAAUCGAAUGGAGUACGACGUGCUGGCGAGAAUUAUCAACCAGCAGCCUGAUCGCAAGAAUACGGUCAAAGAGCUGGACACGCUGAAGAAGGAACUGGACGAGUUGCAGGAGAAGAAGGCCUCGCUGGAGCGAAAGCUGAACACGAAAAAGAAGGACUUUACCGUGCUGAUGCGGUCGAUCAUUGAGCUGCAAAACAAGCUGGAACAUGGGAUGGGAGACGAUUCGCAGGACGCGGCCGACGAGAAGAUGGUCUGCGACGACGAUGCCGUCAUACUGACCGUUGAUGAAGCCAUGAGCCCGGUUCACGACCAAGUGAAAGUUGCCUCGCCGGAAAAAGCCAGCUAGGUGUUAAGGAAGUAGUAAAAGUGACAAUUUGUAUUAAAUACAA